AUGCCAACUGACGGAUUGACAGCUAUCUUCAGUCACCCAUCGGCUAAGAACAUACAACCAUACUCUUCCAUUGUCACACGUAAUGACUCAAUUGAUAUUGAGAGAGAUGGUAUAUCAAGUGGAAUGAAAAAUGACAAAAUCUCUACCAAAAUUUAUGAGGAGAGUCCGUCUAUAGAGGAAUCUGAUAUUUCCAUAGAGCGUGAAUAUAAAUCGAUAUGGUCCAAGAUCUAUUAUGAUUAUAUUGUGCUGGACAAAAGCACACUGGACGUUUCUCUCAAAGAAUCUUUUCUAUACAACCGAGACUUGAAACCAGUUGAGGAAGCAAGGAGAGUUUGGGAUUGGUACAAUUAUUUAUAUUUUUGGUUAGCCGACUGUUUCAAUAUCAAUACAUGGCAGGUUGCCGCUACUGGUAUGCAGCUUGGAUUGAACUGGUGGCAGUGUUGGUUAACGGUUUGGAUAGGUUACACAUUUGCCGCCAUAUUCGUCGUUUUAAAUUCAAGGUUCGGUACCGCUUACCAUUUGUCAUUUCCUAUAAGUUGCAGAGCUUCUUUUGGGAUUUUCUUUUCGCUCUGGCCCAUUAUAAACAGAAUUGUCAUGGCUAUAGUCUGGUACGCUGUUCAAGCUUGGUUGGGGGCUGAACCAGUGUCGCUGAUGCUAAGGUCCAUUUUUGGUAAAGAUUUACCUAACAGAAUUCCUAACCACUUCGGUUCCCCAAAUUCCACCACAUACCAGUUUAUGUGUUUCUUCAUUUUCUGGGUCGUUAGUGUCCCAUUUGUGUUAGUUCCACCCCAUAAGAUUAGACAUUUGUUUACGGUGAAAGCUGCCCUGAUUCCGUUUGCUGCCUUUGGAUUUUUGAUCUGGGCUUUGAAGAAGUCACACGGGCAUAUCGCUUUGGGCAGUUUGAAUGGUUUAUCCCCCGGUGGUUCAACAUUUUCUUGGAUUUUUGUCAGGUCUCUAAUGGCGUGCAUCGCCAACUUCGCAGCUUUAAUCAUCAAUGCACCAGAUUUUGGAAGGUUCGCCAAAACGCCGCAGGCAUCCUUGUGGCCUCAGUUGUUCGCUAUCCCAUUUUUCUUUGCCAUCACUUGUCUAAUCGGUAUUUUGGUGACAGCCUCAGGUUAUCAUAUGUUUGGUAUCAACUACUGGUCCCCAUUGGACGUCUUGGGUAAGUUUUUAGAAACCUCCUUUACCAGAGGAACGAGGGCAGGGGUCUUUUUGAUUUCCUUUGUGUUUGCCUUGGCUCAAUUGGGUACCAAUAUUUCCGCCAACUCUUUGUCCUGUGGUACCGAUAUGACUGCUUUGUUCCCCCGUUACAUAAACAUCAAGCGGGGUUCUGUGUUCUGUGUGCUAAUGGCGUUGUGUAUUUGUCCAUGGAACAUGAUGUCAAGUUCUAGUAAGUUUACCAGUGCUCUGGGUGCAUAUGCCAUCUUUUUGUCCAGUAUUGCUGGUGUGAUCUGUGCCGAUUACUACAUAGUAAGAAGGGGCUACUUCAAAUUGACCCACAUGUUUUUGGCUCAAGAAGGGUCGUUCUACAUGUAUGGUAACAGGUUUGGGAUCAACUGGAGGGCUUUGGUAGCUUACCUCUGCGGUAUAGCCCCAAAUCUUCCUGGGUUUGUUGCUGAUGUUGGUAACAAUAUACACAUUUCUCAAGGAGCUGUUAGGUUAUACUGGUUGGGCUAUCCGGUUGGCUUUUUUAUUGCUUUGGUCAUAUACACUUUAUUGUGCUUCUUUUUCCCGGUCCCUGGCACGCCUGUUAACAACAUUUUGAAGGAUAAGGGCUGGUUCCAAGCAUGGGCGGACGUUGAGGACUUUGAAACGGAAUGGAGAAGAGAAUUAAGGCGGCCAAACCUAUACGAUGACACCGUCAGUGUGAUGGAUUGGGAUGAAAAAGAAGUUAGAAUUAUUUACUAA